CUGCUCUGCUGAAAUUACAUAACUUUUAUUAUUCUGCACUUCAGAUUUGGUGACCACUCAAUGAUGAGAGAGAACUACACUCUCAUCAUUGAGUUUAUUUUGCAAGGUUUCUCCAGCUUCCAUGAGCACCAGAUUACCCUUUUUGGGGUGUUCCUUGCACUAUACAUCUUAACCCUAGCAGGCAAUGGAAUCAUUGUAACCAUCAUCCGAAUUGAUCACCAUCUUCACACACCCAUGUACUUCUUCCUGAGCAUGCUGUCCACUUCAGAGACUGUGUAUACACUGGUCAUUCUCCCAAGGAUGCUCUCCAGUCUUGUAGGCAUGAGCCAGUCUGUAUCACUAGCAGGUUGUGCCACACAGAUGUUCUUUUUUGUUACUUUUGGCAUCACUAACUGCUUCCUGCUCACAGCAAUGGGAUAUGACCGCUAUGUGGCUAUCUGCAACCCCCUGAGAUACACAGUUAUUAUGAACAAGAGGGUGUGUGUCCAGCUGGUUUUGGGGGCCUGCAGCAUUGGCCUGAUUGUAGCAAUAACACAGGUAACCUCUGUAUUCAAGUUAUCUUUCUGUGCCACAAAGGUGGCCCACUUCUUCUGUGAUAUCCGACCUAUGAUGAAGCUCUCCUGCGUUGACACCACGGUCAAUGAGAUCCUGACUUUGAUUAUCAGUGUGCUGGUGCUUGUUGUACCUAUGGGUCUGGUUUUCAUCUCUUAUGUUCUCAUUAUCUCUACAAUCCUCAAGAUUGCUUCAGCUGAGGGCAGGAAGAAGGCUUUCGCCACCUGUGCCUCCCACCUCACCGUGGUCAUUGUCCACUAUGGCUGUGCCUCCAUUGCCUACCUCAAGCCCAAGUCAGAGAUCACCAGGGAUCAGGACCAGCUGAUCUCUGUGACCUACACUGUCAUCACUCCCCUACUGAACCCUGUGGUGUACACCCUGAGGAACAAAGAGGUCAAAGAUGCUCUGUUCAGGGCUGUUGGCGGGAAGCUUUCUUGACAAUUUGGAAUGAUUUCUCCUGAGGCUCUAAACAUCCACUCUAGGAAGGAAUAUGAGGAGUAAA